AUGUUGUCAAAAAUCGAUUUAUUCGCUCUACUAAUUCUGUCAUUUUGGGCGAUUGUAGGUUAGUUUCAAGACGCUGUAUCUCAGCUGCCUGUCGAGAUAUCUAAAAGAUGUCAACUGACAAAAUGUUUAUUAUGAUAUUGUGUACUUUUUUGUAAUUGACAACUUUUUGAUAUCUCCACAGCCAGCUGAGAUAUAUAUCGACUUCUUUUUUAUUUAGAAAGCUCCACUGAAAACGAUAAAGAUCCAUUUCCAUUUGGGUUGGAUGACCGUUUGGAUCCAUUCUCAAGAAAUGCUGGACUGUAAGUGAUGGCCUAGCUUUCUCUUUCUAGGCCACCAACCAAAAGGUUCCAGAAAACAAGAAUCGAGUCGGGAAACGACGCGGAAACCCCGUCGUCGGCACCACCACCACCACCACAAGGACCGGGAGCCCCAAUACUAUCACCAGGGGAACACGUGGGGCUUUGAGGAGGAGGAGAAGGAGGAAGAGGACCAGAAGAAGACGGUCCCAGUUGAUCAGAGACCGCGGACAGCGCCACGAGUGCCGCCUGUGGACCCGGCGGAAGACCUGCAAACGGCAGUGAGAAAUGCGCAGUUGGGCAUUACGACGACCGAUUUGCCGCCGGAUCCGAAGCACAACGGACUGCUGAAGGACAUCGGAGCUGUCGGUGGGUUCGAUUUAUGGUGCAUCGGCCAUCUAGGCAAAUGGUACUCCACGUGGAAAAGGGGGAGAACAUGAGUGAAGAUUUAUUGCAACGGCUCCAUGAAACAUAGACUUCCUUGGGGUUUGUAUCGACAUGGUGCAUCGCAGUGUUGAGCGGAAUUCCGUCUGCCGUCUUCCGUCUGCCGUCUUCCGUGGUUUUUUUUGUUCCGUCUUCCGUCUGCCGUCUUCCGUGAGAAAAGUUUUCUUCCGUCUUCCGUCUGCCGUCUUCCGUAAAAGAAUGUUUCUUCCGUCUGCCGUCUGCCGUCUUCCGGGAUUUUUUUUUCUUACCGUAAAAGAGUAAUAGCUUUUCAAAAGCCAUUUACUAGUCCCGAAGAACGCGAAUUUCCACGGGCAGUACCCAGAUCCAAAAGUUUUGUUGCUUUAGUUAUUUUUUUCAAAAAAAAAACCGGAAAAAAAGGCUCUGAAUUGACGAUUUUUUGUUCCGUAUUCCGUCUGCCGUCUUCCGGGAAAAAAUUUUUCUUCCGUCUUCCGUCUGCCGUCUUCCGUGAGAAAAAUUUUCUUCCGUCUUCCGUUUUCCGUGUUCCGUAAGAAAAAUUUUCUUCCGUCUGCCGUCUGCCGUCUUCCGUAUUUCAAAAUUCCAUUUCCGCUCAACUCUGGUGCAUCGACUAAUGAAAGUAGGUAUAGCGUUUCCACAUGGUGCAUCUGAAGCCCUGAAAUUUCGGUUCAAACGCACACUUUUCUUAUUUUUCAGGCGUCGGCUUCGGCGUGGGCGUCGGCGUUCCGGGCAACGAUCCGGUGUCGGUCGGCACCGGCGUAUCGGUCGGACUCGACGGUUCCGGGCCCGCCGGGGGGCUUCCGCCGUUCAGCGAAACCAUAUUUCCACGUCAAGUAAGUCGGUGUGCGGCGGGUCAUCCGGAUUCCGAUUCUAAGCAGAAGGCAGUAGGUAAUCCGAUGAGGUGGUUACCUGCGGCACUACUACUUAUAAUCGAAAGAGACCUUUUUGCGGGAUAGGAAUAGAAAUUACACGACUGUCGGGUCUUUUUAUACGGUGCCCGAUGGUUGAGGAGAGUGCAGACGACGAGACGGCUCGAAGCUGUGCACACAAUUUUGCUACAGUCCCUCCUCACUCGCGCCGCCCCGGGGUCCAUAUCCGUGCCACAAACGGACCUCUGCGUCUCUAUUGUUUGUCGUGAUAUUUCACAAAUAUAUUGUGGGACUGAGAGAGAGAGAAAGAGAGAGAGACUAUUAUAUAUUCCAUGUGAUUUGACUGUGCUUAUACAAAGGCAUCCUGCUGUGUGUGUAUGUGCUUCGAUGAUGGAAUCGACAAUAAUACUACUAAUAUUGUCGAUGGUCAUGGGGGUGGGGGGUGCUCGGCAACAGCACAAAACAAAGUCUUGAGAAAUACUCUGAAAAAGUGGGCGGGCUCUCAUCGUCUUUGUUCGAAAAACGGCAAAAACAGUGGCGGCCGCCCUCUUUCCUCUCUUUUCGCUUUUCGCUUUUCUCGUUUCCGUGCAAGCGCAUAUGUACAUUCACAAUCGCUUUUCCGAACUAUCAUCGCUUUUUUAUGUUUUCGGAGAGCGCUGAUAUUGCAAAAUGGGGAACGGGAAAAGCGAGCGAAUUCGACGAGGACGGAUGGGGAGAACUUUCUGCAAGGGGGGCGUUGAUUUUUUGUGUAUUCAGGGUGAGCAAGUGUCGCUGAACGACUACGACGGAAACAAGGAUCUGAUAGUGUCGGGGAAGGCGUUGAAGUACAUUCAGGCCGUGCGGGUGAGUUGUUGAAGGCGUUCCGUCGACAAUUGAUUGAGAGCCUCGUCCAUUUUCAGCUCGGCUUCAUCAAACUGCCGCAAUACGCGCCCGCAAAGUCGCUGGUCGGUGUGAACAGCGGAAUCGGAGUGCUCGGCGCACAGACACCCUCCGGCUAA